GACAGUGAAAUCAGUGGACGCCUGGCUUUCUCAGACAAGACUCCCAUGUGAUCAGCAGACAGGCGAGCUCAGCAAGACCGAAGCUGCUCCACAAGCAGUAGGUAAUGAGUCUUUGUGCAGACAGGAGCUCUUGACGGUGAACAAUAAAACAUAUGUUGCCAGCAAUAAAACACUAUGCUGGGAAAUUUCUAAAAUACGUUUUGCUGAAACGCAGAAGCGGAAAGAGAACCAUGACUAUGCUGUGUUUUGAAAACAUCUAUCAACCUAAAAUGGAUUGUAAUUAGAAUUUCUGCAUGUUGUGAGUACGUGGACCGAUACACAGCAAACUGAACAGGUGCAUGCGACAUUACAGCAGCUAUGAGUAGCAUUCUAAAGAGGAAAUUUGAAGAAGUUGAUGGUUCUUCACCAUGUUCUUCAGCCCAGGAAUCAGAUGAUGAUAUUUCUAGCAGCGAAAGCGGGGACAGCAGUGACAGCGUCAACCCAUCCAGCUCGACUCAUUUUACACCAUCAUCAAUCCUAAAGCGCGAAAAACACCUGAGAGCCAAAAAUGUUCGUUUCAACUGUGUCACGGUAUAUUAUUUCACAAGACGACAAGGCUUCACGAGCGUCCCUAGUCAAGGAGGAAGCACAUUGGGCAUGUCCAGCCGCCACAACAGCAUCCGCCAAUAUACUCUUGGAGAGUUUGCCAUAGAGCAAGACAGAUUACACAAGGAGAUGCUAAGGGACCACCUUAGAGAAGAGAAACUCAACAGUCUGAAACAGAAGAUAACCAAAAAUGGCACCAUGGAAUCUGAAGAAGCCAACGUCCUUACGCUGGAUGACAUUUCCGAUGAUGACAUUGAUUUAGACAACACAGAGGUAGACGAGUAUUUUUUUCUUCAACCUCUUCCGACCAAGAAGCGAAGAGCAUUGCUCCGAGCUUCUGGAGUAAAGAAGAUUGACGUGGAAGAGAAACAUGAGCUGAGAGCCAUCCGCGUAUCCAGAGAAGACUGUGGCUGUGAUUGCAGAAUAUUUUGUGAUCCUGAGACUUGCACAUGCAGCCUUGCAGGCAUAAAAUGUCAGGUGGACCGUAUGUCAUUUCCAUGCGGGUGUUCUAAGGAAGGGUGCAGUAAUUCGGCUGGAAGAAUUGAAUUCAACCCCAUCCGCGUAAGGACACACUUUUUGCACACAAUUAUGAAGCUCGAAUUAGAGAAGAACCGAGAGCAGCAGGCUGCAGCCGUUGCGGCUGCUGCGGUAAAUGGUUGCCAUGGAGACAUCAGUUCUCUUCCAAGUUCUAUGGCUCAAAGUGGGGGCCAGUGUGUAGAAUAUUCUAUUGGUGAAAAUUUUGAAAUCGAAACAGAACCUCCGUCUGGUAUGAUACAUUUUCCGACCUCUGAGCACUUGGAUUGCAGUGGUGAAGAUGAAGAGGAAGAUGAUGGAAGUAGCUACUGUAGCGGAGUGACAGAUUCUAGCACGCAAAGCUUAGCACCUAGUGAAUCUGAUGACGAUGAGGAUGAGGAAGAAGAGGAUGAAGAUGAUGAGGAUGCAGACAAAUCAGAUGAUUUUGGAGAAACAACAUCCACCCAAGAAAAAACCCUGCCUUUACCUUCAGUCCUCUGUUAUUCCGAGGGCAACGGGAUGCACGAAAAUCAUUUAAAAAAUAAUUCGUAUUAUGCCAGCUCCUCAUCACUGUAUUAUCAGAUUGAGAACCAUAAUUCUAGUGCAAACCAUAUAACUGGGACCUACCCAGAAAGGGAUUUGGUUAAGAAUUGUGCUCACAAUAUGGUGCCUUACAGCAUGAGGGCAGACCAAUAUGCCGAGUAUACAAGACAUCCUGAUGAAGCCUGCCCCAAUUCUCAUUAUGCUAUGGCAAACCCAUCGGUGAUAGUGUGUUGUACGUCUUCUGAAAACGAUAACGGUGCUCAGCGAAGUGUGUUGUACCCCGAACAUAGAUCAAGUCUCCCUCCAGUAGGAUUUCACUCAUAUUUAAAAAAUCCCCAGUCUGAUGGAUUUGUGCCAAAUUUAAAUGGCGCAUGCCAACGGGUACCUGAACUUCUUAAUGAAAAUUCCAUAACCCUUCCUCAAGCAAGUAAACUUCAUGAGGACUGCAUGAAAUCUCCCGUGGUAGAAACCGUGCCGGUUUAACGCACACAGUUUCCGAGACACCUAGUCUACAAUUUCCAUUAUUUGUUAAUUAUUCUUGCUUUUUGGUGCAAUUUAUUAAUUUUUAACCUUACUAGUAAAAUACAAAUCAAAUUGAACUUUUUUUGUCAAUGGCACCAUGGCAAUGCACAAAACUGUUAAACAGUGAUACAAUUAUUUUUUUUUUAAAACAUGAAUUUAAAUAUACGCUAACAUUUUUAUCUAUUUCAAAAUAGCCUUGUAUAAAACUAUGAGAAACCUGCCAAACCAGCUCAAUCAAAUCUUUAUAUAUUUGAUUAAAAGGGGUCUGUGCAAGAUGAAUUUGGACUUUUCGGUGCCGGGGUGGACACACUAUCCUGGUUAUUCAGGUGGUUACGUUUGAGAAUACAAAUAAGGAUAGGGGGCACCUUGAUGUGAUUUUGUGAUGAAAACAUUAACUUGUAUUUUAUGUGAUUUAUUUAUGGAAGUGUAUAUUGUUCUGUGUUUGUUUUCUACAAAUGGAGCGCAUGUUCAUAAAGAAAAUAUUAAAAAGAAAAUCCAUAGAUUGUCCAA